CGCUUUCAAUUGAUCGGUCGCAAAAAAUCCAGUGCUCUUUUGGUGAAAAAAUAGAAACAAGAAACGAUUGCAACAUGCGGUUGAUUUUGAUUUCAAUUUUGCUGCACUGUGUGUUGUCAAUUAAUGCCGUUGGCAUUUAUUCCGUCGUGGGACCCAAGACAAUUCGACCCUACAGCUCAUACAAUGUGGCCGUGACCAUGCACAGUGCCCCUCGUCCCACCCAAGUGACCGUCAGCCUGAAAGGACCUUCGUUCAGUGAGAUGAAGAACGUGGAAGUUGCGCCCAUGUCCUCGCAAAACGUUGCGUUCGACAUAGCCAAAAUCACCGAUGGCGAUUACCAGCUCAAAGUUGAGGGUGUUGGCGGUGCUGUGUUCCAGAACUCCACCAGGCUGGAAUUCGCCGACGAUAAGAACUGGAUCUACAUCCAGACGGACAAGGCCACCUACAAGCCGAACGACACUGUGCAGUUCAGAGUGCUCUUCGUAGAUAGGAACACCAGACCUGCCACGAUCGACAAGCCAAUUACCAUCGAGAUCCACGACGGGGCCAAGAACAUGAUCAAGCUGUGGGAGGAUGUCAAGCCAACCAAGGGCAUUUUCACCGAGAAACUUCAACUGUCCGAUCAGCCGGUGCUGGGAAACUGGACGAUGACAGUCCGGAUCAAGGACAUGGCCGAGGAGACCAAGACGUUCGUGGUGGACAAGUAUGUGAUGCCGAAGUUCGAGGUCAACGUGAUAACCAAAAAGGAUGUGGUGCAUAGCCAGGGCUAUGUUAUGGCGACGAUAGUGGCCAAGUACACCUUCAGAAAGCCGGUCAAGGGCACAGUCGUCUACUCGAUCGAGGGCAGUGGAAUCGAGGAAACCGUGCCCAUCGAUGGAUCUGUGAACGUGGAGCUUCCCUUUGCGGCAACGGCCAAGAGUCCUCUGAAAAUCACUGCCAUUGUUACGGAGGAACUGACGGACCUCAAGCACAACGGCACUGCCUACGUAUCGGUCCACCAGCAUCGCUACCAGCUGCAGGAAUACCAUUGGCCUACGACCUAUACGCCAGGAAUUAUUUAUAAUUUCAUCACUGCGGUCAAGAAUGUGGACGGUACUGCUGUUCAAGACCCCUCAAAGAAGGUUAGGCUUGACGUGUUGUGCUGUCAGGAUCGAAGGACCAUAGAAAGUGCCUUUCCUCAAGGCAUCGCCAAGCACAAAAUAAUGUUUCCCGAUAACUCGUGCCUAAGUUGCCUUGUGACUGCCAAGAUCGGAAACGCAGCCGAUAUCCAGCAAUAUACGUAUAAGCUGCACAAUUCACUCCAGAUCGAGGUUAUUACCAAAAAACCCAAACUGAGGCAUCCGCUGUCAAUCAAUGUUGUGUCCUCCAACCAUCUUCCCUACUUCAUGCUGGCGAUUGUCGCUCGGGGUAACAUCAUCUUCAGUCGAUAUAUUCGAGUGGAAGGAGGUCACAUGAACAAGACUUUGACAUUCGAGCCCAAGUUCGAUAUGGUUCCUCAAGCCACCCUUGUUGUCUACUACGUUGUCAACGGUGUUUUGCGCACCGACGAGAAAACCAUCAAUGUCGAGAAGGACUUCGGCAAUACGAUUGAAAUUUCCGCACCGACAGAUGCAAAGCCCAAGGAGAAUGUGAGUCUCAGGGUGAAAACCGAUCCCCACUCCUUCGUUGGUCUCCUGGGAGUAGACAUGAGUGUGGAUCUGCUUAGAUCUGGCAACAACCUCAAUCGGGACCAAAUAUUGAACAACCUGCUUAAGUACUCGACCGACGUGGUGACCCUAACCAAUGCAAAUGCCGACAUCGGUAACGUCAACUUUGGUUGUUACACUGAUCCUGGCAGCAGGGGUUGUACUGUUUCCCCUCCCAGUCGCAGCGGAGAUAUGAAAGGUCCGGCCGGCGGAAAGAACAUGCCUCCUCCAACUGCCGUUGGAUCAUCCAGUGCGCAAGAUUCAACUCCACCAGUUCGCAAGCUGUUCCCUGAAACCUGGUUUUUCGAAGAUGUAUCAGACGUGGGUGCCAAUGGCGAAUUUAAAUGGGAUAAGGUGGUGCCCGACACCAUGACCACUUGGAUGAUCACUGGCUUCUCGCUGAACUCCAAUACGGGCCUUGCCGUAACGCGAAGCGAAUCCAGAGUUCGCGUGUUCCAGCCCUUCUUUGCCACCACCAAUCUGCCGUACUCCGUGAAACGGGGUGAGGUACUCGCCGUUCCCGUGAUCGUGUUCAACUACCUUGACAGGGCAGUUCGGGCGAAGGUGUCGAUGGACAACUCUGAGAAGCAUUACGAGUUUAUCGAGGCCACCAGUGCGAAUGUGACGAAGGAACUGCAGCAGCUGCGAAGGGAAAAGUAUCUAUCGAUACCCGCCAACACCGGACGAAGCAUCUCGUUCAUGAUCAAGCCCACGAAGGUGGGACUGAUCACGCUGAAGAUCACCGCCAACGGAGGUCGAGCAGGGGAUGCCCUCCAUGAGAUCCUAAGAGUGGAGCCCAAUGGCGUAACAAAGUACGUCAACAAGGCCGUGCUGGUCAACGCUCGAGGGCGCAAUCGUCGUAGCGCGAGGGAAGGUUUGGGGCUGGGGCUGGGACCGUUGGAGAAAACCCUUAAUGUGGAGCUACCCGAUGAUGUUGUAGAGGGCUCAACAUCCUUGGUGUUCAAUGUGGGCGGCAGCAUCCAGGCGCCCCAGCUUGAGCAUCUGAACGGUCUGGUUCGGUCGCCUUACGGCUGCGGCGAGCAGAACAUGAUGAACUUUGUGCCCAACAUCCUGGUCUUGAGGUACUUGGAGGCCAGGAACCUCACAGAUGCCGAGGUAUCGGUGCCGGCUAGGACAUAUUUGGAGACCGGCUACCAGAGGGAACUGACCUACAAGCGUAAUGACGACUCAUUCAGUGCCUGGGGCCAAAAUGAUCGCGCGGGAAGCACUUGGCUAACCGCCUACGUGAUCCGAUCCUUCCACCAGGCGGCUAAGUUCGCAUUCAUCGACCCCAACGUCCUGACAAGAGGCCUUGAAUUUCUCGUGUCCCGACAGAAUCCCAAUGGCGAGUUCCCCGAGCUCGGCAGGGUCAUUCACAAUAACCAUGGCAGCCCCUUGGCACUUACCUCAUUCGUCCUGUUGGCUUUCUACGAGAACGAGGAGACCAUGUCCAGAUACCAGAGCGUGAUCAGCAGGGCCGUUCAGUUUGUGGCCCGGAAGGUGGAUGAGUCUAACGAUCCGUACGAUCUUGCCCUCGCCGCCCUGGCACUUACAUUGGCCAAACACCAGAAGGCGCAGCAGGUUCUGACCAUGCUGGAAAGCAUGGCAAAGCGGAAUGGCGACCAAAAGUGGUGGACCAGGUCGGACAAUAGUGUUAGCAACGAUGUCGAGAUCACCGGCUAUGUGCUGCUCGCUCUUCUAGAGAGUGAUACAUCGGAAUCGACCGACAAGAUUGUCAACUGGCUGAUUAGCAAGCGAAACAGCAACGGAGGAUUCUCCUCGUCCCAGGACACGGUCGUUGGCCUCAUGGCCCUGACCAAGUACGAGAUCCACACCCACUCACCGAUUGGAGCGAUCGACAUAAACUAUACGUUUGGGAACAAUCGAAGAACUAUAAAGGUUACGCCCCAAGAGGAAACGAAGGUGCAGUCCCAUCCUUUACCAAGAGACACCCGUGAUGUGAGUUUUUCGUCCUCGGGCCGAGGUCAAGUUCAAGUCCAACUCUCGUACCGCUUUAACGUGGACACCGAGGAGAAGAGUCCCAGCUUCAAGCUGACGACAAUGGCCAAGAAAUCGGACAACCAACGCCUGGUCCUGGACAUCUGCGGCGAGUACACUCCCGUUGAAGCCUCCGACAUGGGCAAGCCCACGAACAUGGCGCUAAUGCAGAUCCAGCUGCCAUCCGGCUACGUGAGUGAUCCCGAGUCCUUUGCGAGCAUCCAGGCCAUCGCCCAAGUGAAGCGCGUGGAGUCGAAGAGCCAGGACACCGAGGUUCACAUCUACUUCGAGCAGCUGAGGCCCAACGACCGCAAGUGCCUGACCGUAAAGGCGAUCCUCACCCAGCAGGUGGCCAAUUUGAGGCCGUCGUGGGUACGCCUCUACGACUACUACGUCAUGGAGCGCAGUGCCACGGAGUUCUACAACGUGGACACUUCCCUAUGCGACGUCUGCGAAGGCGAAGACUGCGGAAGCGGAUGCUAGAGUGGUUCAACCAAAUGCAUGAUGUUGUAUAUACCUGCACUUAGGAAAACCGUUAAGAGUAAUGGUUAUAUAAUAUUGUGUACCAAAAUGCAUUCAAUGUCUUAAAAAGUCUAUAUCACUAAAUAAAAUGAUUUAUUAAAGGAA